AUGAGUGAAAUCAAACCAACAGAGAAAAUUAUAUUUCAAUCAGAAAAAAUCUUUGUGAAAUGGCGGAACACGUGGACCAUUGGAGCAGGCCUUAGAAAUUUGGGCAACACGUGCUACAUGAACUCAGUUCUGCAGUGCCUUACAUACACAGCUCCGCUGGCAAAUUAUCUACUUACCCGUGAGCAUUCUAAGACAUGUGUACAAAGAGGAUUCUGCAUGAUGUGUGUAAUGCAGAAUCAUGUAACUGAAGUCCUAGGCCAUCCUGAAGGAGUAAUCAAGCCACUGCCUAUCUACAAUGGACUUCACAACAUUGCUGGGCACUUCAUACAGGGACGCCAAGAAGAUGCCCAUGAAUUCUUGCGCUUUGCCGUUGAUGCACUGCAACAGGCUUGUCUGAGGGACUAUGACAGCCAAGACAUGAAGACAAAGGCCACAUCCUUUAUCCAUCGAGUAUUUGGUGGAUACCUGCGUUCUCAAGUGAUGUGUCUCAACUGUUUAGGAGAAUCUAACACCUUUGACAAGUUUAUGGAUAUACAGCUGGACAUUAAGAAUUCAAACAGUAUUACAGAGGCCCUAAAGGAAUAUGUGAAGCCAGAAGAACUCGGAGAACUUUGCUAUAAAUGCAGCAAAUGCAAUGAAAUGGUGACGGCUACAAAGACAUUAUCUAUUAAGCGGCCAUCCAAUGUGCUGACCUUGUGCCUGAAUACAUUUGAUGUGUUUAUCGCUAACAAGAUUUCUAAGAUGGUAGCCUAUCCAGAAAUUAUUGAUAUUCGGCCUUAUACCUCGGAGCCGAAUGGAGAGCCAAUUACCUACAGACUAUAUGCCGUCCUUGUUCAUGCUGGGAAUACUUGCGACAGUGGACAUUAUUACUGUUAUGUGAAGGCUCCUAAUGGCAAAUGCUACAACAUGAAUGACCAAUCUGUGUCUCUUGUGGAUAAGACAACAAUGUUGAGGCAGCAGGCCUACCUGUUGUUCUAUAUCAGAUCCAAUGAUGACCAGAAAAGAAGAGAAACAACUACUUCUACACAAGCUACUUUGAAUUCUCAAAAGCCAGUGAUAAGUAAAUCAGCAGGAUUUGGGACAGACCCUAAGGUCAAGCAAAUUCCCAAAACAAGCAAUUUGAAAAGAGAGGAAAUAUUGGACAAAAAGGAGGAAAGUAAGGGAAAGGGCCUUAAAAGGCCAUUCACUGAUAUAACGUCCAGCAAGACACCAUCUACUUUACCCACAGCAAGUUCCAGUCUUCAAAAGCCGAUAAACAGCCAACCAGAAGGCAUAAAGAGGAUUAAAUUAGACAGAUCCCUCUUAUUCAAGAUUGCAGGCACCAAGAGGAGGUGUCCAUCUCCACUGCAGUUUGUGUUGCCUUCUGAACCAUUUAAAAAGGACAUUCUAAUUAAAACCAAGAAUUGA